ACAUAAUCCAGUGAGUGGCAAUCUUGUCUGUAAUUACUCGUCUGGCAAUCUCUCAAAUCUCGUUUGUAUCUGUAACGUAAAUGACAAACCUCGCGAUGUUUGCGUUUGUCGGCAAAGUUUGCUAGCUUGUUGAUGCGUUCACUGACGCGAAGCUCGUUGUGUACCUGAUCGCGGCACGAAAGUGAUUAACACGUCACUUGUAAACCUGUAAAACAAGAACGUCGCACCUUUCAAAAAAGUAAAGUGGGCGAGGUUGUUGUGGUAUUGGGAUGUUGACCCCACCCCCCAAAAACAAGGCGCCCGUGGUGGGUUGUCGUGUCGCGCUAAUGUGAUGAAUUUCUCGCCUUGUGUGUGUUUUCAAGUUGGAGGCCUGGUGUGUAAACAUUCUGUAGUAGGCCAAGCUAGUGUGUUAGUGUGUUUUAAAAAAAAAGACUGUAGUGCUGCAUGCGGUUUGGAUUAUUCCCUUUUUAUACGGCUUUAAUAGGCUUUGUGGUGAAUUUGAAUUUCAGUGCAUCAGUAUAAGUGUCUUAGGCAGUCAUGCGCCUUCCUGCUGGGUGUCUGCUUUCAUGCACCCUUGUCUCUUGUUACCAGCCUAGGUCGUGUGGGCCACUUUGGCCUGUUGUCUAUAACUGACUUUACUGUAUGUGUUUAUUACCAGGGUCAGGUUUUAAUACUAGUCCAGACUGGGACUCUUUCGUGUUCGAUUUGUUCAACUGCUUCCACAUUAGGAGCAACGGUGGAGUUUGUGUUACAUGCACUGUCUGCUGUGCGCUCUCCUGGACAGUGGAUCUGCCGAGCUGAGAACCCCUCUGAACGGCAACGAGCCUCCUCGGCGUCGGUGUGACGAUGACCGAGCUGGUUGUCAAGUGGGCCUGUGAAUACUGCACAUACGAGAACUGGCCGUCAGCCAUCAAGUGCACAAUGUGCCGUGCUCAGAGGCCCAACGGGGGUGCCAUCAUCACCGAGGAGCCCUUCAAGAGCACUCCAGCUCUGGAUGCCAGCUUGCAGCAGUGGGACCCGCCGGGGCUAAGCAACAGCCCGUCCCAGGGGAGCUCCUCUUUGCUUAUAUGCCCGGAUUCCAGUGCUAGACCACGUGUUCGCGUUGCAGACGCUCCUGAUAUCAGUAGCAAGUGGUCUUGUCACAUGUGCACCUACCUGAACUGGCCUCGUGCCAUCCGCUGCACUCAGUGCCUGUGUCAGAGGCAACAGGCUCAACAACAGCAACAGCAACACACUAGCCAUCAAGGACAUCAGCAGCCACGCAGCCCAACAGAGGCACCCCAAACCUCAGGCUCUGGAUUACGUCCUGCACCCUCAUCCACCACCACAGACCCCUGUGAGGAAUAUAAUGACCGUAAUAGGCUCAACACACACGCACAGCACUGGACCUGCACUGCCUGCACUUACGAGAACUGGUCAAAGGCACUCAAGUGUGUGGUGUGUGAUCACCCGUGGCCAAACAAUAGCCUGAUAGCUGAACCAAUUGAACUGGCAUCCGAGCCCGAGCGCCAGCAGCCAUCUUCAAAGUUUAUCGACGCGGACCGGGACAACAGACGGGGCGUCGGAUACCCGGUGGGGGGGCAAGGAGUCGGGGCGGUGGUAGGUUCAGUCGGGGGUUGCAGCGGCAGCCAAAGGCGGUCUCCUACAUCCUCCAAACGCGAGUCGGAGGUGACCAUGGACUUUCAAAGGAUUGAGGUGGCGUCGGGGGCCGGAAUUGGCAUUAAAGAGGAGUUGGAGGUGGAUUACAAAAAACUCAAGCAGAUUAAGAACAGGAUGAGGAGAAUGGAUUGGCUGUUCGUCAACGCUUGUGUUGGUGUGGUGGAGGGCGACCUGGCAGCUGUGGAGACCUACAAAACAUCAGGAGGCGACAUCGCCAGGCAGCUGACGUCCGAUGAGGUGCACCUGUUGAAUCGCCCGUCUGCGUUCGACGUGGGCUUCACGCUGGUUCACCUCGCCAUCCGCUUCCAGAGACAGGACAUGUUGGCAGUGCUGCUCACCGAGGUGUCCCAACAGGCCGCCAAGUGCAUCCCGGCCAUGGUGUGUCCCGAGUUGACGGAGCAAAUCCGCCGCGAAGUGGCCGCCUCCCUCCAUCAGCGCAAAGGGGACUUCACCUGCUACUUCCUCACCGACCUGGUGACCUUCACACUGCCUGCAGACAUUGAGGACUUGCCACCAGCAGUUCAGGAAAAACUCUUUGAUGAGGUUUUGGACCGAGAUGUGCAAAAAGAACUUGAAGAGGAGUCUCCCAUCAUCAACUGGUCCUUGGAGCUGGGGACCAGGCUGGACAGCCGUCUAUACGCCCUAUGGAACCGCACGGCCGGGGACUGCCUGCUGGACUCUGUGCUGCAGGCCACGUGGGGCAUCUACGACAAGGACUCGGUGCUGCGCAAGACGCUGCACGACAGCCUGCACGACUGCUCUCACUGGUUCUACACACGCUGGAAGGAGUGGGAAUCGUGGUAUUCCCAGAGUUUCGGCCUGCACUUUUCCCUCCGGGAGGAGCAGUGGCAGGAAGACUGGGCGUUCAUCCUCUCGCUGGCAAGUCAGCCAGGAUCCAGCUUGGAGCAGACGCACAUCUUUGUUCUUGCACACAUACUUCGUAGGCCCAUCAUUGUCUACGGAGUGAAGUAUUACAAAAGUUUCCGUGGGGAAACGCUGGGGUACACCCGCUUUCAAGGCGUGUACCUGCCCCUCCUGUGGGAGCAGAGCUUCUGCUGGAAGAGUCCCAUCGCUCUGGGCUACACGCGCGGACACUUCUCGGCGCUGGUGGCCAUGGAGAACGACGGCUUCGACAAUCGCGGCGCGGGCGCCAACCUCAACACGGACGACGACGUCACCGUCACCUUCCUGCCGCUGGUCGACAGCGAGAGGAAGCUGCUUCACGUCCACUUCCUGUCGGCGCAGGAGAUGGGCAACGAGGAGCAACAGGAGAAGCUGCUGAGGGAGUGGCUGGACUGCUGCGUGACGGACGGCGGCGUCCUGGUGGCGCUCCAGAAAAGCUCCCGCCGCCGCAACCACCCGCUGGUCACGCAGAUGGUGGAGAAGUGGCUGGACGGCUACCGCCAGAUCAGACCCUGCGCCUCGCUGUCUGACGGCGAGGAAGAGGAGGACGACGACGACGAGUGACGGUCCUCCUCACUACUUCUUUUUUCCCCUUUUAUUUUCCUGACACGGACAAACUAGUGACCGCCUUCCGGAGAGGACACACUCACGUGACACCUGCAAAAAAUGUGCAGUAAUUAAAGGUUUACAAAUUGAAAAUUCAACCUUUUGAUUUGUUUUCACAUGUAAAAAAGCAGAUAAUCUUUUAUCAGUAGAUGUACAAAUGCAUGUUUAAAAAGUAUAUCAUGGAAUAAUAUACCAGCAUCGAUGUGUUCAGUAAGCGCACUGACUUAAAAAAAAAAGCACAUUUCCAAAUUGAUCUUUUUUCCGUUUGGACAAAGCCAUUAUUGUUUGGAAACGGUUGUGUUGUUCUACUAAAUGACUUUAAAGCACUGCACAUGAAUGACAUUUGUAUUCUAUUGCUUGAAUAAGCUCAAAUAUGAAGCUCUUGGAAAAAGGGAGACCUCCCCUUUAAUUCAUAAGUGGACUCACACUAGUUCGCAAUUUGAUUUUCUUCUCGUUCCGGACUGAUUGAGAAGUUGCGUGUUUCCUUUUUCUCUUAAAUUUAUUCGACAUAUUUAUUGUUUGUAUCGGAGCUACUUUCUGUAUAUUUUUCUGCUGCUUUUUGUUGUUGACAGUUGAGUGAAUCUCCAUGAAGACACGCUGCACAGAAACGCCGCGAGGAAAGAAGCAACCGUCGGUGAAAAGUUUACUCGUGAUUUUUUUUGGCGUCUUUUUUAGUACCUCAAGCCUACAACCUGGUGCUUUUCUGUUUUUUCGGAGGGGGAAACGUUCGAGGCACAUUUUCAUGUUCUACUACGGUCACCCGUCUUGUGUGGAAACCAUCUCUUCAUUCAACACAAAAAAACCAAAGCAGAUGGAACAUUUUAAACACUUGUUUUUGUUUUGUUUUGCUGUGAAUUUGGUUUGUUGCCAUCUCGUAGCAUAGCGUCCUUUUCAUUCAAAGUUUUUCAUGUUAUUACCCGUUGGUUGCUUUGUAUUUAUGCAAUAGAUGUAUUUUGUUUGGGACUUUAGGCCUCACAUUACUACACUAUACGUACACAGUAACACGAACAAGUGGCAAAAAAGACAAUAAAACAUUUUUCAAUGUCUACACCGUUUACGCAUUUCUUGUUUCCUUUGAGCGACAGGGCCUAAACCUGCACGGAUUUGGUGAUUUGUUAUUGCGCCCUCCAGUGGACGUUAGGUGUACUACAACAAAAGCUGCCAGUUGAUUUUUUAAGUAACUUUUUAUGUCAAUUGUUAUAUAAUUUUAAAAGUAGUGUAUUUUACUUAAAUAUAUUUGAUG